UUNUAUGAUUUUUAUUCCCUAAUUAAUAAUGCCAGUGAAUAAAAAAAAAAAUGGAAAGCGUCUCCGACCAAAUAAUACAGACAUCAGAAUCAAAUUAGGGCAGUAGACGUGUCGGAGAAAGAAGCCAUGGGGAGAAGAAGAGUUGAGAUCAAACGAAUUGAGGACAAAAACAGUAGACAAGUCACUUUCUGUAAACGACGCAAUGGUCUCAUGGAGAAAGCUCGUCAACUCUCAGUGCUCUGUGGCUCCUCCGUUGCUCUUAUCAUCGUCUCUUCCACCGGCAAACUCUACAGCUUCUCCUCCGGCGACAGCAUGGCCAAGAUACUCAAUCAUUAUUAUGAAACACAAAAUGUUGAUGAUCGUAGAACCGUGGAUCUUGCAGAAAAAACUCCGGAUUAUCUUACAAACAAGGAGUUACUAGAAAUAGUUCAAUGCAAGCUUGAAGAAGCGAAAGGUGAUAAUGUAAGUAUAGAAUCUCUAAUUUCCAUAGAAGAGCAGCUCAAGAAAGCUCUGUCUGUAACUAGAGCUAGGAAGACAAAGCUAACCAUGGAGCUUGUGAAGACCCUUCAGGAUAAGGAGAAGUUGCUGAACGAAGAAAACAAGGUCCUCGCUAGCCAGAUUAGGGAGAUGAAGAAACUUCUGGAAACAGAGGAUGAAAGAGCAAUGUCACCGGAAAAUAGCUCCAGCAAUAACCCACCGGAGACUCUGCGGCUUCUCAAGUAACCAACAUCAUCGGCUGAUUUUUCACCAUCCUUCCUGAUUCAGAAAUAAAGAAAUAACAAAGUUCAUUUAUAUAUUUGUAAAUCAUAAGGAAGUUCUCUCUAUACAUAAUUAUAAAUUAAAAAAAAUUAUCUUUAAUUUCUCCCCAUGCUACGGAGAAGUUUAGAGAAGAAGAAAAAAUAUCAAAUACAGAUAUGGACUUUUGUUGUUGUUGUUGUUGUGUUACCUUGGGAGAGAGGAUCACAGACUGGUUUUUUUGUGUGUUGUUCUUAUCCGAAAUAAGGAAAUUGAUGAGAGUUUUAA